ACGCAGCCCAUCAUGGCGGCGGGAACGCGGCUCCCCGGGCCCGCGGUUCCGCAGGGCUGCUGCCGUUGCUGCUGUUGAGAGGCGGCGGCGGCGUAGGCUGGCGGACGCGCGGGAAGGAUGGUGUUUCUGUGGCCGGAGCGGUGGGUGCGGACCAGGAGCCGAGCUGAGGUUUGGCCGAAGCGCCGUGUGACCAGGAGCAGCCGGCGCGGGUGCCGCUGAGGCAGCAUAGGGAGGCAGGAGCGACUGACCGACGGACGGACAGAAGGCGACCCGAGAGCCGGCCCCGGGGCCGUGCGGUGGGCGAGAUGCCGGGGCCGCCGGCGUUGCUGCUGCUGUUGCUGCUGCUCCUAGCCGCUGGCAGUACCGGGGCCGCGCCACUUCCGCAAACAGGUGCAGGGGAGUCACCUGCUAUAGACGUUCCCUCAUCUUUUGUGAUCCUGUCUGUGUGCAGUUUAAUAAUAUUAAUCGUGUUAAUUGCAAACUGUGUAUCCUGCUGUAAGGACCCAGAAAUAGAUUUUAAGGAAUUUGAAGAUAAUUUUGAUGAUGAGAUAGAUUUCACACCACCAGCGGAAGAUACUCCCUCUGUUCAAUCCCCAGCGGAAGUUUUCACACUUUCGGUACCAAAUAUCUCACUACCGGCUCCAUCACAAUUCCAGCCGUCUGUAGAAGGUUUGAAGUCUCAAGUUGCCCGCCACAGUCUAAACUAUAUACAGGAAAUUGGAAAUGGCUGGUUUGGAAAGGUCCUCCUUGGAGAGAUUUACACGGGCUCUAGUGUAGCGAGAGUAAUAGUGAAGGAGUUAAAAGCAAGUGCAAGUCCGAAGGAACAAGAUACUUUUUUGAAAAAUGGAGAACCUUACUAUAUUCUUCAGCAUCCUAAUAUUCUUCAGUGUGUUGGACAGUGUGUGGAAGCAAUUCCCUAUCUUCUGGUAUUUGAAUUCUGUGACUUGGGUGACCUAAAAGCUUACCUGCGCACCGAGCAACAUCACCUGCGCGGGGAUUCGCAGACCAUGCUGCUGCAGAGGAUGGCGUGUGAGAUCGCCGCGGGGCUGGCUGCCAUGCACAAGCUGCACUUCCUGCACAGUGACUUAGCCCUGCGGAAUUGUUUUCUCACCUCGGACUUAAAUGUGAAAGUGGGAGAUUAUGGAAUAGGAUUCAGCAGGUACAAGGAGGAUUAUAUUGAAACAGAUGAUAAAAAAGUUUUCCCUCUGCGAUGGACUGCUCCAGAAUUAGUAACCAGCUUUCAAGACAGACUACUAACUGCAGAUCAAACUAAGUACAGUAACAUUUGGUCCCUGGGUGUGACACUUUGGGAACUUUUUGAUAAUGCUGCUCAGCCUUAUUCCCACCUUUCCAACUUAGAUGUUCUCAAUCAUGUCAUUCGAGAAAGAGACACAAAACUCCCGAAGCCCCAGCUGGAGCAGCCUUAUUCUGAUAGAUGGUAUGAAGUUUUACAGUUCUGCUGGCUGUCACCAGACAGGAGACCAGCGGCCGAGGACGUGCACAGACUGCUCACCUACCUGCGGAUGCAAAGCCAAAGGGACUCGGAAGUCGACUUUGAGCAACAGUGGAAUGCUCUUAAACCAAAUACAAACAGCAGAGACACUUCCAACAGCGCGGCGUUCCCGAUCCUCGACCACUUUACCAGGGAUCGGCUUGGUCGAGAAAUGGAGGAAGUCCUCACCGUGACUGAAACCAGCCAGGGCCUGAGCUUCGAGUAUGUGUGGGAGGCAGCGAAGCAUGAUCACUUUGACGAGCGCAGCCGGGGCCCCCCAGACGAAGCCUUGUCCUACACGAGCAUCUUCUUUCCAGUUGAAGUGUUUGAGAGUUCGCUUUCGGAUCCCGGGCCUGGGAAACAAGACGACAGUGGCCAGGAUGUCCCCAUGAGAGCCCCCGGAGUGGUCCCCGUCUUUGAUGCCCACAACCUUUCUGUUGGAAGCGACUAUUACAUCCAGUUAGAAGAAAAAAGUGGGAGCAACUUGGAGCUUGAUUACCCCCCUGCACUGCUUACAACUGAAAUGGAGAAUCCAGAAAAGACACGUGAUGAGGCGCCCCAGUUUCUGACACUCAGACAUCUUGAAUUUGAGGAGUCCAGCACGGAUGAGGAUUUCUUCCAAAGCAGUGCAGACCCCAAAGAUCCCGGCAUCCCCGAGGACGUGCAUGUUACCAGGGGCCCCGAGAGCCCUUUCAACAACAUAUUUAGUGAUUGUGACAAGUCGGAGGAUUUGCCCAGUCACCAAAAAAUAUUUGACUUAAUGGAACUAAACGGAGUUCAAGCUGACUUUAAGCCAGCCAGUUUAAGUUCAAGUUCAGAUGACCCCAAAGAGUCAGGAAUAAUAUGCCACUUGGAGAAAGAAAAGCCCCGGAAGCUUUUUGACUGUGAACCUCUUUGCUUAGCAGAAAACAUUAUGCACCAAGAUAAUGUUGGUCGAGUGAGUGUUCAAGAAUUGUCAGAAAACUUUUUAUUUCUUCAAGAGAAGAACUUACUGAAAGACGCGUUGUCUAGCAAAGAACACAUAAAUAGUCUUCAAGCAGAACUUAAAAAUGCUGGCUUUACUGAAACUAUAUUAGAAACGCCACAUAGAAACGUUUUAGAUACUGAGCUCCAGUUUGCUGACAAUAAACCAGACUUUUCUUUGUUGCAGGAAAACCUAAGUGCAAAGGGUGAAGAUACAGGUGUGCUGAAGGACACUCUGAACACCUCGUUGCCACCUUCCCCGGAAGUGCAGGUACCUUCUACCUUGCUCAAGACAGAAGGAACGCCUCACAGUGUACCUCCAGAUACGUUUCCAAAGCAGGGAGAAACCACGCCCACGUGUGGAGAUGCCAGUAGCCAUGAUGACGGUCUCUGCCAAGAAACGAAUCCAGACUCUGGGACUGUCCCGGUCGAAAUUCCCUCGACUGAUGCCAAAACACACAGCUCUGGCCACAGGUCCCAGGAGCUAACUCACCAAAGUGAGGCUGCCCCGAGACUGACCCCGAGCGACGCAGUUCUUGUUGCGGACAUUUUUGCCAGUGAAGUGAGUAUAGGGAGUAGUGGUCUUUCAGAGCUGAGACAAGACUUAGAAAACCCGCCGCUUUCAGCGGACCGUCACAGGAGCGGUCUGCUGCAGAAAAACUCGGAGGCUGUGGAGACUUGGAAUCAGCUGAACUGUAACGAGGCUGCAGAACAGGUGGGCUUGGCGUCUGCCCUUUCCUCAGACUCGACCAGCCAAGACAGUCUGUUAGAGGACAGCUUGUCAACGCCCAUUCCCACUUCAGAACAGUCGGUGGAGACCCCAGAUUCUCUGGAUUCAGUGGACGUCCACGAAGUUCUGCUGGGUUCUGUAGGCUCUCACACGCCUCAGAAACUCUUGCCCCCUGAUAAGCCUGCCGACAGUGGCUACGAGACCGAGAACUUGGAGUCCCCUGAAUGGACUCUGCACCCUGCUCCCGACAGCGCCUCAGCCUGUGAUGUGACCGCAGCAGGCGGUAGCGGUCCUGGGGGGCCGUCCGCCAACCCCAUCAUCGUCAUCUCAGACGCCGCCGAUGGCCACAGAGGCACCGAAGUGACCUCCCAGAGCUCAUACCGAGACUCAGCGUACUUCUCAGACAAUGAUUCUGAACCUGACAAGAAGACGGAGGGGCUCCCAGGAGCCUCCCUGUCAGCCGUGGCCUUGGUACCGGAUCAGCUCCCGCCUCAGCCACUCAUCCCAGAGCAAAGUCCUGGCACCAAGGACAGUUGCCCGGAAACCAAAAACAGCCAGCCAGACCAAAGUUAUCCAUCUGCUUUGCCAAAUUCCAGUCUCCUUGAAUCAAGGGAAACGUCAGAACCAGCACUGAUGUACGUUCCUGGGGAGCCACAUCCUCCUGAAGACGAGGCUGGCAGCCCCUCGAGUUUGUUGAACUCAGAGCCGAGCAGUGGUGAUGACUUCGAGGCCCAAGAAGAGCGCCCCUGCUCGAUCGCGUCCACCGGGACCAACACCAACGAGCUGCUUGCGUUCGCAAAGUCCACCCUCCACUGCGGCAGCCCCUCGGCCCUGCAGGGGGAGAAGUCCUUCUCCAGCCACUCCGAGGGCCCCAAGCUGAAGGAGCCGGAUAUCGAAGGGAAAUACCUGGGGAAACUGGGCGUGUCAGGGAUGCUUGACCUCUCCGAGGACGGGAUCGACGCGGACGAGGAGGACGAGAACAGCGAUGAUUCGGACGAGGACCUGCGGGCCUUCACCCUGCGCAGCCUCAGCUCCGAGUCGGAGGACGAGAGCGAGCACCCCGUGCCCGUGAUCCUCAGCAACGAGGACGGGCGGCACCUGCGGAGCCUGUUGAAGCCGCCGGCCGCCGAUCCCAUCAGCCAGCUCCCGGAUGACUGGAGAAAAGAAAAGAAGGCAGUGACGUUUUUUGAUGAUGUCACAGUCUAUCUGUUUGACCAGGAGACCCCAACCAAAGAGCUGGGACACUGCGGAGGAGAAGCGCGUGGCCCCGAGCUGAGCAGCCCAGCACCGGCGUCAGCGUCCCCCUACCUGAGCAGGGGCAUGAAUUCCGAAAGUUCAACUGAUGAAGAAGGUGGAGGCUUUGAAUGGGAUGAUGACUUCUCCCCAGACCCUUUUAUGUCAAAGACAACGAGUAACCUGCUUAGUUCCAAGCCUUCUCUGCAAACAUCAAAGUACUUUUCGCCCCCGCCCCCGGUGCGGAGCACGGAGCAGAGCUGGCCCCACAUGUCUCCCUACUCCAGGUUCUCCAUUACUCCUGCCAACAUUGCCAGCUUCUCUCUCACACAUCUUACGGACUCAGACAUGGAGCAAGGAGGAAGCAGCGAAGAUGGAGACAAAGAUUAGCGGGAUGCUGACGCACUCUCGGAUUCGUGGCUGCUUCCCAGGGCGGUCCUGUGCUGCUGGCCGAGCAACGCCACCCACGCGACGUCUGCUGAGAUGGGCAGGGAGAAAGACUCAGGAGGAAAGGGAGCCAGCGCCAGGCUCCGUGGGGCUCAGUGCUGGUGCCCACGGCAGGAAGCCCGGCUGGGGAGGCGUGGUCCUGUCCAGCCAUUGGCUGCCCCGCAACAGCUCUCACCUACCGGAAACACUGGCCCGUGGGGAACUGGGGGCUCCCAGUUGUUUCUGGUUUCCAUGUGGGAUGUUGUCUGUCCACACCUGUGCAUCCGUCUGUGCACGGGCCCAGAGGACACACGGUGGGAACUGGCACCAGUGAGCUGUAUUUAUUUUUUUUUUUAAAAAAUCACUAAUUGCUUUCUGUAAUUGCACUGUGGAUAAAUGUUCUGA